AUGUCGGACCUCGAGAAUGAUUCGAGGGCGACAGCUGUUGGGCGGAAGCGUAAGUACGGUCAUACUUUCACCAAUACUACUACUACCGCCAGUCGGCGCAGCAGCGACACAAGCAAAGAAUCCGGCGAGAUAUCAUCCAGUGAAGAAGAAGACAGCGACAGCGACAUUGAAGAAAUCAGCGCCGCACAAUGGAAGCAGCGACCAUCCAAGAAAAAGAAAAAGAAGACAACUUCCUCCUCCUCCUCCUCCUUCUCCGCCAACUACACCUCAUCAGAUGAGGGUGAUGAUGGUUAUGACGAUGGCAUGAUUCGUCUUUGCAACAUCCCCCCCAACGACCAAAUAGAACAAUGCCGAUACUUCAACAUUACGGACAUGUCAGAAGUGGUGCGCUGUCUCUGCUGUGGUGAAAAAGGCCACAUGGCCAAGGACUGUGAAACGCGAACUUGCAGGCAUUGUCAAAAACGCGACUUACACCCUUCCAACGCGUGCCCCAUCAUUCGCAAAUGUGGGCUCUGCAGAAAGCGUGGCCAUGAUGCUGCUACGUGUCGGAAUAGAAGUUUUCGGGGCGCCGAUCCGUGUGAUGUCUGUCGUAAGAUUGGGCAUGUUGAAUUUUUGCGGUUGCCUUUUCAAGUUGGCGUGGAGCCGUUGUCCAUGGGGACAGCAUGCGAGGAUGCUAAUCAAGUGCAGGAAGAGUGCCCGCGUCUCUGGUGUAUCUAUGAGACGCCUUGCCAACCGAAAAAGUCAGAAGUGAUUGAGAUUGAAGACGAUGAGGUGAAGAGGCCAGAAGUGAUUGUGAUUGAAGACGACGAGGAGAAUAAGGCACCAACACGCGAGCAGAGGCUGCCCUGGCAGCUCAUGGGGGCGUUUGAUGAUACGAGAGACUAG